GCGUUGUCGACACAACGUGCUCAUCUCUGGUUUGUGCGUAACAACACGCGGUUUUCGUUCAUCUCAGUUUUUCGCUCAAGGGAUUUUCAGUUGUAGGGAACCGCAAGGCAAUGCAGCCACGAGCCAAACAAGUGAUCUUUGCCCAAGCCAACAAACAUCGCUGAUAAUCCCAUAAGCACAACAUUCUUGGUCGAAAAACGAUGUGAAGUGCUCCCGUCUCAGUGCUGUGCUCCGAAGACGAGAACAUGCAGUGUGUGGCGGCCCUUAUUUCGCUGUUUUGUGUCUUAGGUGCCGCGAACGUGGUCGAUGAUAGUGACAACAGGACUAGAAACCACUUCACCAUCGAGCAGCUGUUGAGCACCACUUUCCCGAAGAAGACCUCCGACGAUUUGGAUCUCGACCCUUGCAAGGCUGGUGGUUUCAUGGGCGACAUCGCCAUCCCCAUCAAGGGUAAAUCCAAAGACGCGUUUCUGCAAGAGGAAGUCGAAAAGUACAAACAAGAGGUGUUGGAAGGUCUCCAGAUUGAAGAAGAGGGAUUGACUGACUUAAUCCGGAAAAAAACCAAGCAGCCAGCAGUGCUGCCAACCCCGCGUAGCUACAAUGACCCUUUCGACGACAUACCAGGAGUCGGGAGCUCGAUCCACAAGAACGGCCAAAUCCUGAAAACGAACAGCGAUCUGCACGCGAACAAAACAACGAAUGACACACAAACCGGGAACACGAAGGUGAGGCACAACAAACGCCACGUGACUGGGAAACGAAGAACCGUGAAGAAGAGGAACAGGAGACGAGAGAGUGAAGAACGCCCAGUUCACGACUUCGAGCCGAAUUUUGACAUGAAGAGGAAACGUCCUGUGUUGAAUGAAGAAUACCACAGGAGAGUGACAAGGGCUGCUACCGCAAGAAAAGAACGCGUUUGGGACUACGGGGUGAUCCCUUACGAGAUCGAUGGUAAUUUUAGCGGGGGCCACAAAGCCCUAUUCAAACAGGCCAUGCGCCACUGGGAGAACUUCACCUGUGUCAAGUUCGUGGAAAGGAACCGGGAUGAACAUCCCAACUAUAUAGUCUUCACGGAACGACCCUGCGGGUGCUGUUCCUUCGUCGGGAAGCGCGGAAACGGAGGUCAGGCCAUCAGUAUUGGGAAAAACUGCGACAAAUUCGGGAUCGUGGUCCACGAACUAGGUCACGUGGUCGGGUUCUGGCACGAGCACACCCGGCCCGAUCGGGACAAACACGUCAACAUCAUCAGGGAGAACAUCAUGAGUGGUCAGGAGUACAACUUCAACAAGCUGAACGACGAAGAAGUUAACUCGUUGGGACUUAUCUACGAUUACGACUCCAUAAUGCACUACGCCAGGAACACGUUCUCGAAGGGAACGUAUUUGGAUACUAUUCAGCCAAUUGACGUCCCAAAUAGGAAGCGGCCUGAGAUCGGACAAAGAGUUCGACUGAGCGAAGGCGAUAUAGCACAAACGAAUCUUCUUUAUAAGUGUAUUAAGUGCGGCCGCACGUACCAAGCCAACUCCGCCACCUUCUCCUCCCCCUCCUACCUCAACCACAACGCCCCCGAAGACGGCGAAAAGUGCGAAUGGCGCAUCACAGCAACCCACGGCGAAAAAAUAGUCUUGAACAUCACCGACCUCGACAUCGAAAAGUCCCCAGAUUGUAGUACCGACUACAUCGAGAUCCGCGACGGCUACUGGUACAAAUCGCCCCUCCUCGGCAAGUUCUGCGGCACCGGCAAACUCGACUCCAUCACCUCCACCGGAAGCCGGAUGCUCAUUUCUUACGUCGCCAAGAACCCCAACGGCCACCGAGGCUUCACCGCCAACUACGAAGCCAUCUGUGGCGGCGAGCUCUUCAUAGACAGCGAAGGACACCUAGAGUCCCCGAAUUACCCCGAAGAGUACCAACCCAACAAAGAGUGCGUCUGGAAGAUUACAGUACCCGACAACUACCAAGUAGCGCUGAGGUUUCAGUCGUUCGAAGUGGAGAACCACGAUGGGUGCGUGUACGACUACGUGGAGAUUCGGGAUGGGUUCGCGUCGGAUAGUACCAUCCUAGGGGUACAUUGUGGGUACAAAGUACCCACUGAUGUCAUCUCCAGUUCGAACCAUCUUCUAGUGAAGUUCGUGUCAGAUGGGUCCGUACAAAAAGGGGGUUUUUCAGCUACUAUUAUGAAAGAGUACGACGAGUGUGCCAUGUCGGACCAUGGGUGUGCACAAGAUUGUAUAAACACGCUGGGUAAUUACGAAUGUACUUGUAAGAUUGGGUUUGAGUUGCACUCGGAUGGGAAAAAUUGUGAAGAUGCUUGUGGAGGGUUAUUGGAUGCUCCGAAUGGUACCAUCACGUCACCGUCCUUUCCAGAUUUGUACCCUUUGAAUAAGAAUUGUGUCUGGGAGAUAGUGUCGUUGCCGCAGUACCGGAUCACGUUGAAUUUCACCCACUUUGACUUGGAAGGGAACAAUAUGCAUCUGUCGCAGCAACAACAGUGCGACUACGAUAGGUUGGAAAUUUAUAGUAAGCUCAGCGACGACAAAAUGAAAAAGCAUGGGGUCUUUUGUGGCUCCAAGCCUCCCGCACCUAUCAUCUCCGAAGGCAACGUCAUGAGGAUCAUUUUUAGCUCCGAUAUUAGUGUGCAGAAGACUGGGUUUGCUGCUGUCUUCUUUACAGAUAUGGACGAAUGUGCUAUUAACAACGGCGAUUGCCAACACGAGUGUGUGAACACCGUGGGUUCGUACAAGUGCACGUGUCACAAUGGGUUCACCCUCCACGAAAACGGGCGCGAUUGCAAAGAGGGUGACUGCAAGUACGAAAUCUCGUCACCUUUUGGUAGCAUCGGCAGCCCCAACUACCCCGAUUAUUACCCCAGUCGCAAAGACUGUGUGUGGCAAUUCACGACCACCCCCGGCCACCGCAUCCGCAUUUCGUUCCUCUUCUUCGAAGUGGAACCCCACCAGGAGUGUUACUACGACCACGUGGACUUUUACGAUGGUCCGUCGCCUGAAGCUCACACCCUGGGUAAAUUCUGCGGUUCGAAACUACCACACCCCAUUGUGUCCUCAGGGAACGAACUUUACAUGACUUUCAAGUCCGACGCGUCGGUCCAAAGGAAGGGCUUCUGGGCCACCUAUGCCGCUGUGUGUGGAGGCAUCCUACAAGCUACGCCAAAAAAGAAACACAUUUAUUCGCAUGCUCGGUUCGGGACUGAAAAGUAUGAUAAUAAAGCGGACUGCGACUGGACGAUUAAAGCGAUUUCUGGGUACAACGUGAGGUUGUCGUUUUUGACUUUUGAUUUGGAGGACGAGAAGGAUUGUGGCUACGAUUACGUGGAAAUUUUCAGCGGGAUGGACUCUAGCGGACCGUCGUAUGGGAGAUUCUGUGGUUCGACUAAACCCUUUGAUAUCUUCUCUCCUUUCGACGCCCUUUUGGUUCGGUUUCGGUCGGACGACACGUUCGUCAGUCAAGGUUUCAGUAUAGUGUAUGAAGCUGUGGAGGAUACCUACAGCGAGGAGGACGAAGUGUAAGGAUUCUGAUGCAAGAAAUUAAAGGAUGAUCUUGUUUCCACUACUCUCGGCAAGAGGGCGGUGGUGUUUCUGUCACAGUCGAAUUGUGAUGCAGCGAAACUCAACUCAUAUGGUUUGCUCAAUAAUUUAAUUUCUUGGUACUAGACCGUUUCUAGUAUUUAUUAAACUGUUCGUACUUAUACUAGUGAAAUGUCUUCGUAUACCUGAUAGCGAGAAUUUGUUCGUACGAUUUUGCUGUAUAACACUUAUAAUAAACAGAUAGACUGCCGAUUUAGAUUUAUGUCUCGAUUAUAGAUAUCAUCUUUUUAUCGAUAGAGUUAAGGAUAGGGUUGUAAGUUGUUAAAGAAAUUCGACGUGCCAUUUUAAGUUAGGUGAUUCGAUUUUCGAUUAAUUGCUGGAAUUUGUACAGUUUUGUGGAAUGACUAAGUGUUAUGGACAAAUAUUAAAACAUAGAAUAUG